UUCAGAGGUGGUCCAAAACGGAGGCCAGGAUCCGUAAUGUUGGCCGGAAACUCAUUUGGAACGAGCUAAUUUCGAGGCGUAACGGUCCCAAUGUUGUGACCAAAGGUUGUACGAUUGGACUGCAGCUCUUGGCUUGCGGUCCAGGCCUCCCCUAAAACGCUUUGAGCAGAGAAAAUUGACAAGGCUGCUCGUCUACAAGAGAGUGGUGGGGUCUUCGCGCUGCACCCCGUGCGUCACGGAAUCAACCCAAGUCCGGUUCCUCUUCUCCUACCCACUACAACGCAGAGGCUCCAGCAGCGCAGCAGCCGUCGUUCGUCGUUCGCUGUCUGACUUGUGAGGCAACUUUCUGUCCGCAGAUAAACGGGCUUGACGCACUACUCUCGCCACUCUACACUUCGACUUGACUGCGAGGAGAGAAGAGGGAAUCAUGGCCGAAUGCCCCGAGCCCUUCGUGAGCCGUGACGCUGCUUUCGAAUCCUUGAAGGCGGAGUACGAGGCUUUAGCAUCGAGACCAGGCUUCCAAAUCCUGCCACGCACCACUGAUGUGCCGAGGGAGAGAGAUCACGCGGUUUACGGCAUCAAUUGUCUUCUCGAGGCCAAAGACGCCGCUCUUCUCUGCUACGAUGCCGUAAGGAAGGAUGACGACGACGGCAAGACAAGCUGGCAGUUGAGCUUCGUUAGGGCGUACCCGGACAGGCAGCAACUCAAGGGCCAGGGUCCAGAGUUUUUUAAUGGCCUUUUCGCGGUUUUAGGCGACGUUAUAUGUUGCAGAGAUGAGUUGAAAGUCCAGAUGUGAAAUGUAAAAACAGCCUUUGUAUACCUACCUUAGAUUAUUUACAGUAUUAUUAAAAGAACCUUUAAGAA